CCGGAACUGCUGCAACGCAGCCACUGCCACGAAUUGAGCUUGCUGUCUCACAUUUUUAGCAGCGCUUGAUCACAGUGCGCCGCUGAAAGCCACAACGUAAUACAAUUGAACGGUAACAUGAAGGUAAAACAUUUUGUUUAUUAUUUAGGUUAAGUAAAGUCGAAGCCUGCAGUGUUUGUCAUAAAUGUGGGGCAACAUAACAACAACGAAAUACAGUGAACUUUUGACAACAGCAUCGGGUGGUUACCCGUUUUGUUAAAACUUCUCCAUGCGGUACCAACUCAGACUCUGAAUUAGCGUUACUGUGUGAAAGUGCCUGUAAGAGCCAUUUGAUCAAAAUAAGAAAUUACUAAUGUGACAGCAGCACACGGCUUGACACCUGGGUGGUGGGUGUGUCUAAGGUGGGCGUAAGUGUCACAAAGGUAUGAAUGGGAGUCAUUCUGGCGCGCCGAAUUUAUGAAUGAAGAAGCGGGUGCGCCGGUGGUGGUCGUAAUUUCUGUUGACCGUGCUAUAUUGUCGCUCUAUUUUUGGCAUCAUAGAAUGGUUUAGCCCGGUCAGUAUGUGUCAGUCUAUGUAAAGUCUGGAUUAUGACGGCCAAAUGGAAUAAAUGAUGAUUGCAAUUACAAGAAGCGGCUUGGAGUGUUUUGAAGCGCGCGUCUGACAGAUCAUGAAAUCACCGCGUUAACCCAGUGCGGCCCUCUACAACACCGCUGGUCAGCCGCACAUCUAGUGCCCAUUUCCUUAAGACUGUUUACCUUAACUUACCCACUGAGUUUUAAACUAUCAGUAGCUAUGUGUAACUGUCUUUGGGCUUUAAAUGUGUUAUAUAUGUUAAAUAUAGGCUAUUGUGUUUGAUGUUCCGUAGGAUCAGGGUGCCGGCUCAGAGAAGAAUGUGGAGUCUAUGGCCAGAAACCUGAUCACACUCAUCCAGCAAAGUCUUGAUGCAGGCAGUAGUCAGACAGGAGCUCCUGCUAACCUCUUGCCAAGAGCAGCCACUGCCCUCAAUCUUCCACCCAGCACACCUGGUUUCUUCAGUCCCCCGACCAGAACAGCCACCAGUCUGCAAAACUCUGUUUCAUCAGAAAUGCAAAGAUCUUUUCCAGGUAUUUUCAGGGGCAAACGGAGGUUCUCAAAAGCGCCAUGCACAGUCACUCGCAAAUGGCAGUGUUUUCAGAUUUAUGUCCUUCAGUCUCCUGCAACCGUGACUCCAAAAGGAGAAGAGCAGCUAAGGCUUUGCCAGGCAGGGCUUGGCAUGAGAAUGGUUUCAUUUCCUGAAGAUGCAGUUCAUAAUGAGGUUAGGUUCUUAUAGUGUUUUAUUCCUAACUAUCACUGUGCUAUCUAUUGGUUAUAAGUCCAGAUGUCAUUUGUAAUAGAUGAAAUAGCUUGAGACACCGUAACAUUUAUAGACAACCUGGUUGUCAUAUAAGUGGACGUACAAGUACAGGUAGAACUCAUUAGAGUACUGUAAAUAAUCUUAAAUGGGAGAAAUUUUGGAUUACAAAAUACCAAAAAAAUUAUUUCCAGUGUCAGAUGUAACAAGCUUGGCUUAAUCAACAAUAUAAGUGAUUUUACCCAUGCUGCUGUUUUUCUCUAGAUAAAUGAAAUACUUAACCAAGAGUACCCAAAACUCCAGAGCAUCAAAGGCUCCUGAAUGUUUUACAAGGCUUCUGGGGGAAGUGGUCAAAGGCAACUGGCAGUCAUAAGCCCUCAGGUGGAGGGCUACACUACCCCACAACUUAAGAGGGCAUCAAAUAAUGGGGAAAAUGUGUUAUACAUUGCCCCAUUACAGGGUGAAUUAGAUGUUACUCCCCUUUCCAAAAAUGCCUCAGAAUUUUCAAAAAUGCCAAAAGCCACCUGUGAAAACUGUCAGGAGACGAUGCCGCUCCAUCUUUUGGCCCUUCAUGUUGACAGUUGCAAAGACAACCAAGACUGUGAAGGUGAAGACUCAGAUGUUGAGUGUGUCUCUUCAAAUGAUGAAACAGACCCCAUUGGAAAAUCCACAUCCAAUGAUGAUAUGAACAAAUGUCCUACAGCUGCGGUGCCCUUCAUUGUUGCCUGUCCCAUCUGUAGCCAGCUGUAUCCAACACACACUGUGGAGAUCCAUGCAAGUUUCUGUGGCAUGAGCAUUCCUAAAGACCAAGAUAAUGCUGAAACACCACGUCAUCCAAAUACAGCAGCUAGCACAUCAGCAAGUACAUCUGGUGAAGGUAGGGUGCAUCUUCCUUUGUUUCCUUUUCCCCUUUUUCCUCAUACAAUGUCUCAUUUUGUAAACUGUGCUCCACUUUGUUGGUUCAUUCAUCAUGUACCUACAUUUGCAUUUGUGAUCUCUAUUUUUAAUUUGUUGUAA